AUGAACCUCGUAUCCUCUAAUGGCAAGUGGAUUGAGAGCUUCCACGCUUUCCGCAUGAGUGAGAAUGGCCUCGAGCAUCCGGUGGCUUAUUGCUUCUAUGCGAUUCUCGAAAGCGAUCGGAAUACCCCUUGGAUUCUCGGGGGCGGAUGGAACUGCAUUGAGAUUAUCAAGAUGGAUGCUGCGGAGUGUUAUGGGGCGAUCAUGCUCGUUUUCGAUGGUGUCAAGAUCGUUUUUGAUGAUGUUAAGACCCACUGA